GUAUCAAAUGUGAUUGGUCAAUAUUUAUAGCGUUUCAGUCGGAAGACAACUCUGUUUUAUUAUUCUGUUUCAUUAUUCUGUUUUAUUAAUUUUUUACUAUACAAAGCAAUAGCCGUCCCUUCAAACUGUUAGUCAUGGAUAUCAAAACCUUGCUUGAAAAUCUUCAUGAAGAAGUUUCCUGUUCUGUGUGUUUGACCACAUUUACUGAACCAAAACAGCUGCCAUGUUUGCACAACUUCUGCCUUCACUGUUUAACCGGAAUUCAACGAAACAGUGGCCGCCAUGAUGUUAUUACAUGUCCUGAGUGUCGCAAGGAAAGCCAAGUCCCAGGAGGAAACCUAAGAGAUCUGCCAACCAACUUUCGCAUCAACAGAUUACUAGAUGUGUUGGCCAUAAAGCAGUGCAGUUCUACUGGAGUCAAAUGCAGAAACUGCGACAAAACAAGAGUGCAAAGUUUCUACUGUUUUCAGUGCUGUACAUUCUGGUGUGAAGAGUGUAUCACUGUGCAUAACUUACUCAAAGCAAAUAAAGAUCACCGAGCUCUUGCACUGAAAGAUUUUGAAGAUCAAGACAUCGAGGAUGUCUUGAAGCGACCAGCAUUUUGUUCCCGACAAGGCCACGAAAAGAAAGAGCUGGAGUUCUUCUGUGAGAAAUGUGAAGAAACUGUUUGUUCUUCAUGCGUUGUAACCGCUCACGAUGGACAUGUUAAAGUACUAUUAGAAGAAGCGGCCAAGAAAAAGAAAUCGCUAGUCGUGUCCACGAUUGAAUCCAACAAAGCAAAAGCACAAAGGAUGAGAAAC